CUAUAAACAACUAACCUGCGAUGCCACCUCAAAAAAGGCACAUCGCCACCAUCCCCCCCGACAUCCGCCGCACGCCCGGCACGGUCCCGCUGGACCCGCCGGGCAUCGGCAACGAGGACUUCAACGCCGGGCGCAAACAGUCGCGCUUCGGCUACCCCGUGCUGGAGCUGUGGGAGCUAGUGCGGCCCGUGACGCUGGCCGAGAUGAAGGAUAAGUGGGGCAUGAACAGCGCGCCGAUGGGCUGGCGCUACGUCGGCCGCGGCCUGUGGGAGGAUCGCUGGGGCGGGGAGGAUGCGGAUGGUAAGGAAGACCGGGGCGGGCGGGUGCGCCGGGUGUUUUGAGUGGGCUUGCGUGUCUUUGUUUUCGUUUUCCCUGCUAAGGUAACUGGGAAGGCGGCGUAGCGAGGCGUGGGCAUGCCAUUUGUAUUAGGCUGGGUGGGGCGGGCAUUGGGAACGGAGUUGCGGCGUUGAUGGCUGCCCCCGGGAGGAUUGGGAUGAUUUUGACCGGUUGGUUUGUUGAGUAUUCCAUGGCAAGCAGGUGUCAGAAUCUCAACAUUGUCUGAUUGCGCACCCAUCCAGGCCAGCACGAGGCCCGGCUAGUCUAUACCCUAGCUAAGUGACACACUGACUAGGCAUCCAAGUUCAGCUUCGAGGUGAAGUUGCCAAACG